AUGGCCUUGGAGUCCGGCAGCAGCAGCUCGGAGUCAGGCAGCUCCUCCACCAGUGGAUCCUCCAGCGGAUCGGAGACGGGCAGCAGUUCGGACACAGAUUCCAGCAGUGCGACGCCCGAGGAGAAGCCAUCCACGAAUUCAUCCGCCAAAUCUCAGACGCAAACGCAACAACAAACGAAUUCCGGGAAUGCACCGAGAAGAAAGCCAGCUCCUCCAGCUGCGGAAGAGAAAUCCAAGGCACCUGCACCGUCCUCCAGCAAAAAGGUGGCCAAUCCCCCGAAAAGCAGACUUUCCAGCGACGACGACGAGGAGGAGGACUCUGCGCCACCAGUCAAGAAGAACGCCCGCUCCCUGGGCAGUUCCACGGUAACGGCGGCAGCUGCAGCCUCGUCGGCCAAAAGAAAACCCCCUACAUCGGCCAACAAACCCAGCAAUCCGGCCAACAAACCGAGCAAUGCAACCAACAAACCCGGCAAUCCUCCCCAGCGUUCGGCUAACAACAACAACAACAGAUCCCUGGAGAAUGGCGAGGGCAAGCGACCGUCGCUCUCCUCCUCAUCGAACAGCACGGAUGACUCCAUGAAGAUCGUCAAGAACGGACGCAAGGUUCCCCUGAAAAUGGCCAGCACGGUAAGGCCCAAACAAGUCAGGGGAAAACUGCCGCCGGCCAAGAAAAACGGCGGAGGACCGGUGAUCAGCAGCGACGGGAGCUCUGGAUCGGAGAGUGGGUCCAACUCGGGCGACGAUUCAAGCUCAGGGAGCGACUCGGAGGGCAGCGACUCCAGCAAUUCCUACAGCUCACAGCCCGUCAAGGGGGGAACCAAAGGCAAACGGAGCGGAGCAACUAAGAUCCAAAACUCUGACAGCGAAGAGGAGCGCAAAGACAAGGCCAAUCCCAUGAGGAAACUCACAAGGUCGCUCAGCAUGCGAAGGACCAAACAGCAGCCCAAACAGGAUACGUAUUCCGAAUCUGAUGGGGACCUGGACGAUGACAAAAUGCUGAUAUCCAAAAGUCCCGCCAAAAAGCCAGCUCCCUCGAAUUUGAAUGCCAGCAAGAGCAAGGUGAAACGAGAAUCCAUUGGAAUCAGCAGUGGAGUCCUGAGCUCCAUUAAGUCCCGACCCGUGUCACCUAUAACGCAAACGGAGAAGAAGUGUCCCAUCGAAGGGUGCGAUUCAUCCGGGCAUCUGAGUGGCAACUUGGACAAGCACUUUCUGUCGGAUGCCUGUCCCAUUUACCACAACAUGUCUGCCUCCGAGUGCAAAGAGCGGGCUAAUGAGAGGAAACUGAGGAAUGAGCAGCGGCUAAAGAUGCCGGUCAACAUUGUGACGGCCCCGGGUAAUCAGCUCACCAAUCUUAAGACCCUCUCGCCCGAGCAACGCGAAUAUCUGGCAAAAAUUCGCGAAUCCAGAGCUAACUUUAGGCCGGCCAAUAGCAAUUUUCUGGACUCCAAGGUGAAGCUCGAAAAAGACGUCCAGGACGAGGACCGAGAACCAAAUCUGUCUGGCCUGGUGCCCGACUAUGAUCUGCAAUUGUUCCGGGAAGCGCAAGCUCAGGCCUCCGAAAGGAUCGAAGACGAACUCAAGGACCUGCCUGUGGGCAAGGGCAUAAAGUAUAUCAGCAUGGGCAAAUACAAGAUGAAGGUAUGGUACCAAUCGCCGUAUCCAGACGAUGCCGCCCGCCUGCCCAAAAUGUAUAUCUGCGAGUUCUGCCUGCGCUACCAAAAAUCAGAGACUGGCAUAAAGCGGCACGCCGAGAAAUGCGUCUGGCGGCAUCCGCCGGGCGAUGAGAUAUACCGCAAGGGAAAACUGCAGGUGUGGCAGGUGGACGGAAAGCGUUACAAGCAAUAUUGCCAGCAUCUGUGUUUGCUGGCAAAGUUCUUCCUGGAUCACAAAACCCUUUAUUACGAUGUAGAGCCCUUCCUUUUCUACAUUAUGACGCUGGCCGAUGUGGAUGGAUGUCAUAUAGUCGGUUAUUUUAGCAAGCAUAUUCCUUUCCUGCAGGAGAAGAAUUCGUUUUACAAUGUUUCCUGUAUUUUAACAUUGCCGCCAUAUCAGAGGAAGGGUUAUGGAAGACUACUUAUCGAUUUCAGCUAUCUGCUGACCCGCGUGGAGGGGAAAAUCGGAUCGCCGGAGAAACCGUUAUCCGAUCUCGGCCUGAUCUCGUACCGCUCGUACUGGAAGGAUGUACUUUUGGACUACCUGUGCAAUCGGUCGGGGAAUACGAUCGCCAUCAAGGACGUUUCGCAGGAAACUGCAAUCUACUCAUAUGACAUUGUGAGCACCCUCCAGGCCUUGGGAAUGAUGAAGUACUGGAAGGGCAAGCACAUAGUCCUCAAGAAGCAGGACGUUCUGGACGAAUACGAGGAGAGGGUAAAGCGGAGAGGUACCUUCCCGAAGAUCGAUGACUCCUGCUUGAGAUGGCAGCCUUUUAUCAAUAUCCAGCCGAGUGCAUCUCCAUAGCCACGUGGUUGGAAGCAUGCCAGAGCAUGCUUUGCGGACGCCGAUGACGAUGACGAAUCCUUGGCCCCGAAUUCCUGACUUCAGAGAUUUUAUUUUUGAGUGAAGUUCUAAGUAACCAACUCUUCAAUCUUCGUCAAUCUUGGUAGCCUCCUGUCCUGAUCACAAAGAUCAGAUGUCAUUUUAUUGCAUUUAUCUCAGCCGAUAUAUGCCUUAGUGUAGAAAAAUUAUUGUAAACCUUUCUUUAAACCGUGAUACAUGAGUAUAUCAAGAUUUACAUCGAUAAGAGGAUGGUUUUUUAGGAUCUUUUGUCUAAACUUUUUAAUAUUCGUUAGUAGAUCUUAAGCCUAAAGUAUUUGUACGUGUCUGUGUCUGUACUUGUUGGUAGUUAAGAAUUGUAGUAAUUAGUGACCUAAGUUACAUAGUGAAAUUCUCAAAACAAAAAAUGCAUAAAAGAUAAGAAAAUAUACUCGGUUUACGAUCAAA